AUGACUUCAGUAAUCUUUGAAGAGUUGAUUUUUAUGUUGAAAUUUAUUACAAUGUUGGAGGCUCAAGUUGUACUUAUGGGUGAUUUUAACAUUCACGUUGAGAAGAGAGAUAGUUCUAUUACUCUACCAUUACAUGAAAUAUUUGAUAUGUUCCAACAAACACAUGUGUCUGGAACUGCUCUCUUUUACGUUGCUGAACAUUCCAACAGAACGGCAGUUCUACCAACCGAUAUUCCAUAUGGAUGGAUCGAUAAAUAUUUCAACGAUUCAACGUUACCAAGAUUGCCAAAUAAUUUUCUCUACGACAAAAAUCGAUCUCAGGUUUUAAGAGAACGGUUUACACCGGUUGUUUUUGACCCAAUUUUCAGUUUUCCUCAUUUUGACAUUGAGAUGAAAAACACCCAGAUAAUACUGAUUAGUGGAUAUUUUGAAAGUUACUUAUACACUGUGGGAUACGAGAGCAAAUUAAAGCGCGAAUUCUCCUUCAAACACAAAACCCUUGAAGUCGUUGACAGGUUUAUUAUGGAACAUAAAAGCAACAUCCCAUCUGAAUAUCCGACAAAAACUGUUGGAGUGCACAUUAGGAGAGGUGAUUUUGUAGCGUCUAGACGCACUGUGGUUGAUGUGAAGUACAUAAACUACACAGCCAAUUACAUCUACAAAUUAUUCAACAAAAAUUCUAAAUCGUUCAUCAUCUAUUUUUUGUGCAGCGAAGAUACGAAAUGGGUAAAUGAAACUAUUAGAAAGUUAACUUCAACUCAAACUUUUGAAAACACGAAAUUCGUAAUUUCAGAAAAACAUGAUGCCAUCUUCGACAUGUGCUUGAUAUCGAAAAGUGAUGCAGUUAUCACGUCAACUGGAACAUUUUCGUGGUGGUCUGGCUGGUUGGCCAACACAACUACCUUUUAUUACAGCAAGUAUCCCACGAAGAACACGGCGCUUGGAAAAUUUUUUGAUUCAAAAUUUUACUAUAACCCAACGUGGAUUGGUUAUCCUUAA